AUGAGCCAAUGUUCAAAGGACACUGACCAGCUGCCUGACCCACCGAGAGGACACAUGCAGCCAUUCGGUUCUCACACCGACUCGUCAGAUACCACUGAAGAAUUAAACUACGUUCCACAUUCAUUACAAUUUUACGAAAAAUAUGUAAAAACACAAACGCCAGUAAUAUUCAGAGGAGCUUUGAACCAAUCGCGAGUACUUCGAAUUUGGACGAACGAAUAUUUAAAGGAACAUUAUGGUAAUUUACCAGUGCUUAUUCAAUCAGACGGGCUGGCUGGAAGAACUACAGUUAACAAAUAUAUUGAUCAUUACCAGGAUGCUGAUGGUUCGGUUAUGUCAACUGUGCCAAAACCCAUGGAGAAAGAUUUACCAAUUCCGCCAUGUUUGUUAUGUGGUACAUUUACAGAAGGAAUACAGAAUGUUGAACUACUGUGGAGUGGUGCUAAUGCUAGAUCUAUUGUCCAUCAACAUAGCUAUGAAGAAUUACAAUGUGUUAUAAAAGGAACAGUGCGUAUGGUUUUUAUACAGCCUAAUCAGACACACUUAUUGUAUUUAUCGGGUGAAUCUUUAAAAGAAUUUCGUGGAGAAUCUGUAAUCGAUGUUGAUGCAGUCGAUUUAUUAAAAUAUCCGAAAAUUCAACAAGUUAAAUACUCGAGUGUAGCAGUGAACGAAGGGGAUUGCUUUUAUUUGCCGCAUGGCUAUUCACAUCAAUUCGUGAUUAAUGAUGCCGAACUGACGCUAGCAUACUCUAUAUGGUUCUCAUUUUUUACUAAGAGUCGCCCCUUUGAAGGUUCCCACUGUGACAAAGAACUCCAAAUGAAAGCUGUGAGUGACGUUGAUGUUUUGUGGACGUUUGACGGCAGUGCAGAUGGAGAUUUACAAAUGGAACAUAUGGAUAUACACGUACUCAGAACGGUUUUACUGACAUCAGGCGACGGAAAUGGUCUCAUCUUUUUGGACAAAUUCACAAAUCAUUUCUUUAAUAGUGACACUGUGAAGCAGAAAAAUGAAGAAGAUGAUAUUCGACGUCAGUUUUGUGACAUACUUGACCCUACAGGUAGAGGGUAUGUAACGGUUAAAGAAGUCAAGGCGUUAUCUAUAGAUACAUUGAAGAAACUGCUGUUGAAAUUUGACCCCACCGACGUAUUAAACACAGUAGACCUUGAAUAUAGUAUCAUAAAUGCAGAAGUGAUUACCAAUGUAGUUACAUACUUGGCCACAGUUGGACCUGAUCCCGGAUUUCAUGCUAAUGAAUUGAUUGAUGCUUAUGUGCAACAACUAGGAGGUACCCGUGAGAAGGCACAAGAGAUUCUAGCAGGGUUAGGUGCCCAUGAGGACGAAUUGGUUACCAUGGAAAUGGUCAAUGAGAAACUUGAAAAAGCUAUUACUAAGUUUCGGAAUGCAAGACCCAAUGAACCUGCAAACCACCGCCUGUGGUUUAAACAUUUAAUACAGCACAAUGAAAUAUAG